AAUAAAUCCCGCCAAACCCCCCUGGCGGUUUUUCCAACCCCACUUCGUACGGCAACCAAAAGCACCCACAAUUCCAAUUCCUCCCGGCAAAACCGUCAAUCGCACUCCCCGCGAAAAUGGAACACUCUGCUCUCUGCAUCCCCUCCAUCUGUUGCUUGCUCGUCGUUCUGACGAGCUUCUUCGCCGCAGGAGUGGAAAUCCUCUCCAAAUCCAAGGUUCAGCGGUGCGAGAAGGGCUCCGAUUCCGAUGAACUCAACUGCACUCGUAAAAUCGUCCUCAACAUGGCGGUCCCCAGUGGCGCCAGUGGACGAGAGUCGUCGAUCGUCGCUGAAAUUGUAGAAGUGGAGGAGAAUUCCACCGAUUACAUGCAAACACUGCGAAGGCCGCCAGUGAUAACGAUCCACAAAUCUCCUGCUUAUGCACUUUACCAGCUUACAUAUAUUCGGGAUGUUGCUUACAAACCUGUUGAGUAUUCUGUCAAGACGCGGAAAUGUGAACCAGAUGCUAAUGCGGAUGUAGUGAAGGAAUGUGUAAGGCAUGUGAUCCUAUCUCAAUUGCAGGAUGAGACUGGUCAUGUUAUUGAGCAUUCAGAGCCAGUAUGCUGUCCUUGUGGUCCGUGGAGGCGAGUACCUUCAUCAUGCGGCAACUUCUUUGAUAAAUUGGUGAAAGGAAAGGCGAAUACAGCACAUUGUGUCAGAUUUCCAGGUGAUUGGUUCCAUGUUUUUGGAAUUGGUCAGAGGUCAGUUGGAUUUAGUAUUCAAAUUGAAGUGAAGGUGGGAUCCAAGGUCUCGGAAGUGAUCUUGGGUCCUGAAAAUAGAACAGCUACAUCGGAGGACAACUUCCUAAGGGUUAAUCUAAUUGGAGAUUUUGUUGGAUACUCAAGCAUUCCUUCUUUUGAAGACUUUUACCUCGUGCUUCCAAGACAGGGGGGUUCUGGUCACCCACAAGAACUGGGGAGGAACUUUUCUAUGUGGAUGCUGCUCGAGAGAGUAAGAUUUACUCUGGAUGGUGUUGAAUGCAAUAAAAUUGGUGUCAGUUAUGAGGCUUUCAAUGGACAAUCAGAUUUCUGUGCCUCACCAUACUGGAGUUGCCUGCAUAAUCAGUUGUGGAACUUCUGGGAUGCUGAUCAAAACCGAAAAUCUAGGAAGCAGCCACCUUUAUAUCUUGCUGAAGGACGGUUUCAAAGGUUGAAUGAACAUCCACAUGCAGGGACUCAUACGUUCUCCAUCGGAAUAACUGAGGUUCUUAACACAAACCUGUUGAUAGAAUUAAGAGCAGAUGAUAUAGAAUUUGUCUACCAAAGGAGCCCAGGGAAAAUUGUAGGGGUUACAGUUCCCACAUUUGAAGCCCUAACUCAGUUUGGAACUGCUACUAUUACAGCUAAGAAUACUGGGAAAGUGGAAGCAUCAUACAGUUUAACGGUAGAAUCCACCCUUCCAUUUGACUGCUCGAAAGGCGUUUCCCUUAUGGAGGAGCAAUUCUUCAUCAUGAAACCAAAUGAAAUCGCUACUCAAUCAUUUAAACUAUACCCGACAACUGAUCAAGCAGCAAGUUAUGCAUGCUCAGCUAUUCUGAAGGACUCCAAUUUCAAUGAAGUGGAUCGAGCUGAUUGCCAAUUUUCUACAACAGCUACUACUAUAGACAAUGGGUCUCAGAUUGGUCCCUUCGUACCACCAAAGACUGGAGGGAAUCUGUUCUCGGAGUCUAUUAAAAUGAUCUGGAACAAACUGUGGGAUGGUUUGUUAGACUUCAUUACAGGAAGAACUUGCAGAAUGAAAUGCGAUGGCUUCUUUGAUUUUAAAUGCCACAUACAGUAUAUAUGCAUGAGUUGGAUGGUGAUGUUUGGUCUACUUCUGGCUAUUUUCCCAACAGUGCUUGUGCUAAUCUGGCUUCUACAUCAAAAAGGUUUCUUCGAUCCUCUUUAUGAUUGGUGGGAAGAUCAUCUUGGGCUUGAGAAGCAUCGAACCAGAAAUAUACAUAGAAACUACAAUCGUGUUAAGAAACACCAUGAACAUGGAGCUAGGCACCGUACACAUGGGACCCACCAUAGGCGAAGAAGCAUUCAUGAGGGUCAUAGGCAUAAUAAGCAUUCAGGAGUGGAUGCUGACUACUACUAUUAUCUUCACCAUGUUAACAAGGACAGGAAUAAGCAGCAGCACUCCAGGAAAUCAAGUAUCCAGCAGGAAGUGCACUAUUUAGGAAUGGGGAAUGACAAGAAUGUCCGGCACCAUAGACACAGACACAAAAGAGAACACAGGGACGGUACUUUGACGGCUUGACAAAUGGUGAAAUAUAUGAUUACAGUGCUUCACCUGCAGGCAAUUGAUUGAUUACACAGCUAGAUUGCCUUUUGAUUAGGGAAAAUAGUUGGACUUGAGUGAAUCUUACUGGAAGUCUAGAAUGGUUGAUUGCAGAAUAACUUUCCCAUCACAUUUUCCCUCUUUUCUGUUUCUCUUUGUUCAUUGUAAAUUUGGAAUACUGAGAGAAAACUUUACAUAACUCAGUAAUAGGAUAUUUUGAUACAUUUAACAUUUGUUUUUGUAUUUUGCUAUGCUAUAUGGAGUCAGGACUGAAAAAAAUUGGAUUUGUCCUGGAAAAAGUUCUACUAUCUUCUUGAAAAGUUAAUGUACUUUUCUUCUGUUAGGCAUUCCAUGCAAUAUCCAUUUGUUGAAGAAGCAUCUUUGCUGUGGCUGCAUCUUCUGAACACCCAUGACUCGAUUUGAACAUGAUAUCCAUCAGGAAACUGUAAACCAGGGGUACGUACAAUAUUUCCUCCUUUGAUCUGGUUCCACCUAGAAAAAAGUAAGCAAGAAAAAGGCAUUUGUGAUAUGCUGUUCCGGGAAUAUCAAUUGGAAAAGAAAUUAAUCCUUGUAUGAAUGCUAGAAAGUUCUCCCUCAGAUUCUCUGAUGAACUAUCUUGAUCAUAACUUAUCAACUUCUUUGCGGGAUCAUUUUCUUGAGGCUUUCAGGGCCAAAGAGAUUGAGCACCAUGUUCUUCAGGUUUAUCUCCUUUCAAGUUUUUCAACACAUACAGCAUUGGCCCUUCCCAUUGAGCCGCGGCCUUGGACCUCUAUCGCAACAACUUCAACAAGAUGUAGGAGCAGGAAACUCUCCAGGUUUGAACUGAAUGAAGAACCAAUUAUGCUGAUGGGGUAGAUGCUGUUCAAUGAAGCGAUACCGCGAGCUCAAUCGUUAGAUGCAUGCGAAGGAAAUUGCCAGUGGUUGGGUUGCUUGAGAAGUGGUGUACUGAGUGGCCAGAAGGAGACCAGAGGUAUAGUGAUGAUGGGAAGGUAGAUGGAGGAGCCACGGUCACAAGUUUUCUAACAAGAGCAGUUUUCUAUGAAAACAACUCAGCUGGGCACAAGUUUCAGGGUAUGAAAUUAACUAGCCUUGGUAAAAGUCCAACUCUAGAAGUCAAAGGAGAG